GAUCAAUGGAUUAUGAUGAUUUAUUUCGUUUAUUACCUAAACCACCUAAAAAAUGGACUACAUAAGAAGUGCUAGUGUGGUUGAAAUAUAUUGGAUAUAGUUAAUUGGAUACUUAUUUUGGUAAUGAUUUAAAUUAGAUUUUAGUUAAUGAAUGUGUUGAUGGUUCAUGUUUAGAGAUAUUAACAGAUCAAGAUCUUUUAGAUAUAGGAGUCUAAUCUCCAUUAUAAAGAAAGAAACUUUUAUAAUGUAAAUAUAAUUAACCAUAAAAUACAGGGAUUCAAAUUGGUUUGAAAGAAUUCACAAAUUAUUGUAAAACACAUAUAAAAAAUGAAAUUGCUCCGAAAAUGGUUCAAACUUUUAUGGAAGUUCAAUCUAUUUCUUCUCCUAGAGUUGAAAUACCUUAAUAAGAUAGAUUACCUUUGAAAGACAUUCAAGAUAAAAUAUUAUAAUCAAGACAUGAAUAUGAAAUGGAAAUAGAUGAAAAAACAACCAUGGGAUAGAUUCCAAUUGAACCACUUCCAUCUCCAGGAGCAAGAUAAAAAAAAUAAUUCAUUUUACCUGUUCAAAAAUCUUAAUCAAAAAUAACUGAAGAAGACUUAGCUAGAUAAGUUUAAUAAAGCAAUAAAAAAGUAAGUAUAUUUUUUAAAUGAGAACAUAUUUGCCUAAUUAUAAAUGUAACCAAUUUAAAAGCCUAUUAUAUAAAGUCCUUAGAAAUAACAAUUAUAAGAAUCUGAUUAUUAUUUACCUUAAUUCGGAACACCUAGAUUUGAUAAAUAAGAAAAAAAAGACUCUUAAGAAUUCCCAUAAAAUAAUUAAAAGUUAUAAUAAUAGUAAUAUUCAAUUUAAUCACCAAAAACACUAUAAUAAUAAUAAUAUUAAAUUUAAUCACCAAAUACACAUAAAAAUUAGUUAAAUAUUAAAAUAAAAAAAGAAGGAUUACCAACAUAAAAAAAAUUAAUUACUAAAAAUGCUACAAUAGGAAGAAAUCCAGAAAAUGAUAUCUAAUUAAACCAUGAAUCUGUUAGUAGGACUCAUGUUUGGGUAAUUUAAUUUUUUUAAAUCUAGUUAACUUAUAAAGAAAAAUAGUUUUAUUUAUAAGAUAGAGGAAGUUUAAUAGGUACAUUUAUUCUUUUAGAAACUAAAACUUAAAUUAUGCAAGGUUAUAUUAUUUAGAUGGGAGCAACAGAAGUAAUAAUUUAAACUCUUUAAGUUAAUGGAUAAUGUAAAAUAUUAAAUUUUAAUUAUUUUAGAAUGUAAUAUAGUUUUAGCAUCUUAAAUGGGAUCUGUUUAAUUUACUUUAUUAAAUGGGAAAUCUAAAAUGAUUGGAUCCUAAACUUUUGGUGAUUAGACUAUGGCAUAUGAUCAUGCAUUAUUAGAAUUCACUAAUGAAGGACUAAGUAUUGAAGAUUAAAAAACUUCUAGUGGGUAUUAAUUUAGAUUUAAAUAGAACUUGGAUGAGAUUAAGCAAAUCUGGAGUUUAAUCAUAGAUUGUACCUUUAAGUAGAAGGAGAGUCAUUAAAAUUGCUGAAUAUAUUCUUAUUAUAGAACCGGAAUGA